UUCAAUAAAUUCUUUAUGGCAUGAAACAGAAAACAUGGAAAGAGUGGAGACUAAUGCAGAUACCGCUAAAGACAACCAUGACUGGCUGUAUCCGGAGCUCAUGUCGCAGGACAAACUUGUCGAAAUUCUUAGACAGAGGUACAUUCGACGUACCGACCUGGAACAGCUUCAGAAAGAUGAGCUGGUGGACCUAUACUACAAGUACAUCAUUCCUCUCCCCCAGAGAACCUACAGGAAGAACCGCCGGGGACAGGAAAUGACCCGGCGACAGGCCGCCAUGGAAAAGAAUAGAGUGACCAGUUUUCAAGGAGAGGAAAGUUCUGACAGAAAGAGGACGAGAAACUCUGGUCCUGAGUCCCGGUUUUUGACCUCCUACAACCUUCCUUCCUCAGGGGAGAGGAUCAAACCCCCACCCUCUUGCAUUGACUUUGGAAAGAAGAAAAUCAAGCUGAGCUCCGGAAGUGCGACCUCCACGGAAAACAAAUCGUCCACAAACACAGCUGUCGGUAAAGUGACCUUGAAGCGAAACUCAGCCAGUAGUGGCAUCGACCAUAAAUCAGAAUUUUCAAAAGAAUCAGGGCAUGAUAACAUGUCAGCUUCACCAAAGAAAACCAUUAAACUUAACAGUAAACUGUCAGUAUCAGCUUCGCAGACGGAUAUUAAUAGCAGUAAGAUGGUGGAAUGUACCCCAGUGAACUCAUCAGAAACCUCUGAACACCAACCUAUGGACACUUCUACAGAAAGCAGCUCAUCUAAAAAGAAUUUCAAAGCUAGAAAGAUUUCAUGGCCAUAGAAAAAUUCUAGUCUUAUUAGAUCAUAUCAUAGAGAAUUUGACCUGAUUUAUUUUAAAUGAGAGUGUCAAGUGUGAAUAGUAAAACAAUUUAGAAUGGACAGAGAUUUUAUUUAAUAUUUAAUGUGAAUAGAAUGACUUAUGCAAUAAAAUUAAGUGAAAAUGCU